ACGAAUGUGCAUUGGGAAGAAAAGAUGCGUGGUGAGGCACGAGAAGAGCCGGUUUGUGUUAGCAGCAGCUGUCCGUCCGAUUUGUGAUGUUUCGAGUUUCGAUUUAGUUUAGCGAGCUGCUGAUAAACGUUAACGUUGUGUUUUAAAAGUUCUUAUUCCGGGUAAAUGUUGACUGUGAAUAGUGAUAGUGAUAAAUAAAUUCAGGUGUGAAUCAAUGCCGUGUGAGAAAUGGCCUCGUGUUUUCAUUUAUGUUGAUUAAUGAAGCAUAAGUUCUGUGGUAGUGUAAAUCGGAAAGAGAAGAAACAAACGACAAUCUUGGCAAUCAGGGUAGACUUUUUCGGACUCAGAUGCUCCGGUGGUUUAACAUGAGCUAACGCUAGCCGAAGAUGGUCCCAGACGUGGGCGGAGUGUCACGAGCGCGGUUAUUCACCUGUUUAGUGCUGAUCUUCGCAGAAGUGGUAGCGCGCGCUCUCGGCGACCCCGCUCAAGUUUCUGAAAAUGUUGACCCCAAUCAACAGCAGCAGCAGCAGAAUGAUGCAUCCGCGGAGGAGGACAACAAGUACACGUUCCGGUUCGGUCACCCGGUGUACAACGUAUCGAUUCCGGAGAAUAGUGUUGGCAAAACGUACGCCCUCCAGCCGCCCAACGAGGAUCGGAUGGGCAUCUACGUGACGCCGGAUCUGGACGUCAAGUACAAAAUAGUCAGUGGGGAUAAGGACAAAUUUUUCAAAGCCGAAGAACGAUUGGUGGGUGAUUUCGCCUUUCUCGCGAUUCGACUGCGCACCAGUAACGUGGUUUUAAAUCGCGAAAAAGGUGACAGCUACCGGCUGGAAGUGAAAGCAACGGCCGCCACCCGACGGGAAGGCAAAGGGCGUGUUGCACUGGAGGCGGACACUGUGAUUGACGUGAAAGUGCUGGACACCAACGAUCUCAGUCCGUUGUUCUAUCCCACGGAGUACUCCGUUACAAUACCGGAGGAUACGCCCCUUCACAGAAGUAUCCUUCGGGUGAUUGCCGAUGAUGCCGAUCUGGGCUUAAACGGCGAGAUCUACUACAGUAUCGUCGAGGAAACCGACCAAUUCGCUGUCCAUCCGAGCACCGGUGUUAUCACACUGACGAGGCCACUUCGGUUCACAGAUCGAUCCCUUCACGAACUGACGGUGACGGCAAAUGACCGAGGCAUCGGGUCGACCAGCCGGAGUCAGGCCAGCAAGGCAAGGGUGAAAAUAAAAAUUCGGCAGGUCAAUUUGUUUGCACCAGAUAUUUACGUACAGGCUCUUCCGGAUAUUUUAGAAGAUUCGAAUACCAACAUUUUCGGUAUUGUUCGCGUGGAGGACAAGGACAGGGGACUGCACGGGCAAAUCAAAAGUCUGGACAUAGUGGACGGAGAUCCGGAUGGUCAUUUCCGUAUUAAACCUACAACGCGGCAGGGCGAGUACGUGAUUGAGGUCCACCGGUUGCUGGAUCGGGAAACGGCUCCUCAGGGUUACAAUUUGACACUGAGAGCCGUCGAUCGAGGCAUCCCUUCGCGGCAAAGCUACAAAGUGAUUCCGGUGCAUUUGGCAGACAGCAACGAUAACGCACCGGUGUUUAACAGAGAACUCUACGAAGUUUCCGUGCUGGAAACUUCUCCACCCAACACUCCGGUGAUAAGACUGAAAGUGACCGAUCGAGAUGAGGGCAAGAAUGCGCAGGUUUUCCUGGAGAUUGUUGGCGGCAACGAAGGUGGUGAGUUUAGGGUCAAUCCGGAAACGGGAAUGCUUUACACGGCCGUAUCACUCGACGCCGAGUUGAAAGCUUUCUACACGCUGACCGUGUCAGCAAUCGAUCAGGGAAACACGGGAACGAGGAAACAGUCUUCGGCCAAGGUGAAAAUUAACGUCCAGGACACGAACGACAAUGAUCCGAUAUUCGAAACAAACAACAUGACAAUAUGGGUCGACGAGAAUGAACCCGCCGGAACGACCGUCACGAAAGUGACAGCUCGUGAUAAGGAUCUAGGCGAGAAUGCAUACAUAUCCUAUAGCAUAGCGAAUUUAAACGAUGUCCCGUUCGACAUAGACCACUUUUCCGGUGUCGUGCGCACAUCCAAACUGCUGGACUACGAAAGCAUGCGACGCGAGUAUAUUCUCAGGGUGCGAGCAUCCGACUGGGGACUGCCGUACCGGCGACAAACGGAAAUGCAAUUGAUCAUUAGGUUACGCGACGUCAACGACAAUCGGCCCCAGUUCGAACGGAUCGACUGUGUAGGACGAAUUCCGAGGUACACCCCGAUCGGAACGGAAAUAUUCACCCUGUCCGCGAUGGAUUUCGACUAUGGCAGUGUGAUCACGUACCGAAUGGUGUCCGGCAACGAAGAUGGGUGCUUUAAUUUGGAUCCUGGAACGGGAAUCAUUUCGAUCGGUUGUGACCUGAAUGACGUUGGCGUUGAGUUCCGGGAGAUCAACGUGACAGCUACAGACGGUACCCAUUUUGCCGAUACGGCACGCAUACAGAUCAAUCUGAUACGAAACAUAAGAAAUCUGGGUGGUAAUCUGAAAGCGGACGAUGGUGCUAAUUUCGAGUGUCGUGAAACUGGAGUCAGACAGAGGCUUGUGGACAUCCAAGCAUCGGCCGAGCGAAACAACAUGCCAGGCAGAGACAUUAGUAAUGGAGAUGAUUUUGCCAUGAUGCCCAGUAGGUAUGGCGAAAAUGUUCAUGCACCGGAAUUCGUCGAUUUGCCGUUGGAAAUCAAAGUCAACGAAUCCAUUCCGCUGGGAACAACUAUUACUUGGAUAAAGGCGAGAGAUCGUGAUCUGGGCUACAACGGGAAGCUCGUGUUCGGGAUUUCCGGUGGGGAUGAUGACUCCGUGUUUCGGCUCGAUCCCGAUAACGGUGAGCUGAAAAUCAUUGGAUAUUUAGACCGCGAACGACGCGAUGAAUAUCUUCUGAACAUCACCGUGUACGAUUUAGGAAAACCGCAAAAAUCCAUCUCCAAGGUCCUACCGAUUACGGUUCUAGAUGAAAACGACAAUGUACCACGGUUCGAAAAAUCUCUGGCCAGCUUCCGGGUAACCGAAAACGCGAUAAACGGAACCAUCAUCUUCAGAGUGAAUGCCACCGAUGCCGAUCUGGGGAACAAUGCGAAAAUUACGUACGGUCUUAUCACCGAUACCAAAGACUUCCGGAUUGAUGCUGAGACCGGAGUGCUGUCGGUGACUGCUCCUUUGGAUCGAGAACGGCAGGAAAUUUACGAACUACGAAUUCGUGCAACCGACGGCGGUGGCGAUCAGAACACUCCGGCCCUGUAUUCGGAAGCAUUGGUGCGAGUUACGGUUGAUGACAUCAAUGAUAAUGCACCGGAGUUUAGCAUUCAAAACCUAAACGUACGCAUCCGCGAAGACGUCCCCAAGGGUACGGUAGUGUCGGUGGUGUCCGCAAUCGAUUUGGACAGUGGUCCCAGUAGUGAAAUUCAGUACAGUUUCGGUGAGAACGGUGACGGUGAAGGUUCAUUCAAAAUUGACAAACUGUCCGGAACGAUUCGAACAGCAAAGAUGUUGGAUUUUGAAGAACGUCAGAUUCAUAGUCUGGUGGUGAAGGCGAUCGACCGGGGAUCGCCUUCGCUGUCCUCGGAAACAUCGGUGAUAGUGGAAGUGAUUGAUGUGAACGAAAAUCGAUAUGCUCCUCAGUUUGAAGAUUUCGUACUGACCGGUUCGAUAACGGAAAACAAACCUCCCGGAGCGCACGUAAUGCAGGUGGUUGCCAAGGAUCUUGAUCCCCCCGGGCCGGAUUCCCGUGUGAGCUACUCGAUCAAGGGAGGCGAUGGAUUGGGCAUUUUCGCUAUCGAUAAUGAAGGUUUCAUCCGGACACUGGCCUCGCUGGAUCUAGAGAGCAAACCAAACUACUGGCUGACGGUGUGUGCCCAGGAUCAGGCAGUGGUGCCGCUGCAUUCGUGUGUUCAGGUGUUUAUUCAGCUGCAGAACGAAAACGACAACGUGCCACUGACGGAGGAAGCCGUCUACUAUCCCUCGGUCCCGGAAAGUAGCCCGAAUGGUGUGAAGGUGCUUCAACUGAUUGCCGAGGACCGCGACAUCGACCCGUUGCAGCAAAUUUCCUAUCGCAUAACAUCCGGCAAUCCCGAAGGAUACUUCGUCAUCAACAGCACUAGCGGUUUAAUUACCACUACUGCAAGGAAGCUUGAUAGAGAGAACCAGUCGGAGCACAUACUGGAGGUCCUGGUGAUGGAUAAUGGCGCACCGCAGCUUUCAUCUACGACCCGAGUGGUCGUGCAGGUGGAGGACGUGAACGACCACGCACCCGAGUUCGACCAGAAACUGUACAAGGUUCAGAUACCAGCCAACGCGAAAAUCGAUCAGGCCCUCUUCCAGAAUGAUUACGCAAAUGGAUACGACCGGUUCGAGCCGGACCAGCAGCCGGAAGUCGAUUUCGGCCCGAUGCAGUCAGAUCCGGAUGCCGGACUCGAUCAAGCCACGUGGGAAAGCUAUCCGGAUAAAGAUUUCCGGGGCCUGCAGAUGGUUCUCAGGGUACUGGCCACCGAUCAGGACAUAGGCGAAAAUGGGCGCGUCACUUAUUCCAUUAAAUCAGGCCGCGGUAAGGCGAAAAAGUUCCGCAUUGAUCCGGACACGGGCAUCAUCUAUGCAGCGAAAUUCUUCGAGGUGGACACCGAGUACGAUUUGUUGGUGCGGGCCGAGGACAAUGGUGUGCCGAAAAAGAGUCAGCAAGCCCGGGUCAGCAUCGCUGUGGUGGACGUACCGGCAAAAUCGGAAAAUCCACCGGUUUUAAAAACCAUCGACCAGCACGUCGAAGUUACGGAAAGUGACACACCUGGCUUUCUGGUGGCACUGAUCCAGGCCAUCGACUACGACGCCGAGCAACUGUGGUACGACAUAGUCGGCGGAGACGAGCGUAAUGAAUUUUACAUUGGCCGGGACAACGGGAACGUACUGCUGGCAAAACAUCUGGACUGGGAAACCCAAAAGGAGUACAACCUAACGAUAAGCAUCUCCGAUGGGGUACACGUUGUUUACACGCAGCUGUACGUUUCGGUAAUUGAUAUAAACGAUCAUCGACCGGAAUUCACGGAGUCCCUCUACCGCGUCGAUAUCUCCGAAAACAUCGAGGAAGGGACCGAAGUGCUGCAGUUGCACGCGACCGAUGCUGAUGAAGAUAAGAAAUUGUUUUACAGUUUACAUGCGGCACGUGAUCCGGUUUCAUUGAAGUUAUUCCGGGUGGACUCGGUCACUGGUAGUAUCAUAAUGGCGCACAGAUUGGACAGGGAAGCUCUUGCGGAACAUGUGUUGAUUGUGAUUGUGAAAGACCACGGAACACCGGCAAAAAGAAACUACGCCAAAGUCAUAAUAACCGUACACGACCAUAACGAUCACGCGCCGGAAUUCACCAGCAAGAUUGUGCAAGGAAAAGUUUUCGAAACGGCUACAGUCGGUACGGAGGUUGUGCAGGUGUACGCCAUCGAUCGAGAUAUUGGAGAUAACGCCAAAAUCACCUACUCUAUCGUCAGUGGGAAUAUUGGCAAUGUAUUCAACAUCGAUCCGAAUAUGGGAGUGGUCAGUGUUGCCAAAGGUUUGGACAUUAGUGCACUUUCCGAAUACAUGCUGCAGGUUAAGGCCACUGACGGAGGCAAACCUUCGCUAACGUCGCAAAUACCGGUGCAUGUAAUGAUCAGCAUGGCUGAUAAUGCUCCGCCCAGAUUUACGACUGUGGAUGCAGCCGCAGAAAUCUAUGAAAACUUGCCAAUCGGUACUUUCGUCAUCCAUAUCGAAGCCCGAAGUACUUCUUCCCUGCAGUUCGACAUCAUGGAUGGUAACGUGAACGACAUGUUCUUCAUUAACCCCUCGACGGGUGUAAUAACCACCAAAGACAUCCUGGACUACGAGAAUCACAAAUUCUACAACCUUACCGUUCGGGCUACCAACAUGGCCUCUGCGAACGCUACAUGCGCUGUGAUAAUCAACGUUCUGGAUCGUAACGAUAACGUUCCGUACUUCGAACAGCAAAUCUACAAGGGUGAGGUCUCCGAGGCAGCACCGGUGGGUUCGCUGGUGCUAACACUGACCGAAAACUGGUCCAACGUUAGUCAACUGUUGGUUAACGCUUCGUUGCCACUGGUAAUCAGGGCCAAGGAUGCGGACAGCGGACUGAACGCUUUGUUGCACUACGACAUUCUGGAAAUGCUACCGAAGCGAUUCUUCCACAUCGAUUCCAGCACCGGUGCCAUCAAAACGAUAAUGCAACUGGACCACGAGAAGAUUCCGUUCUUCAGUUUUCACGUGAAGGUAACUGACCUGGGCAAGCCCCGUCUCUCAUCGGAAACCACGGCCGAAGUGCAAAUCUACGUCAACGACGUAAACGACUGUGCCCCUGCUUUCAGCCAGAAAGAGUACAACGUCACACUGUUGCUUCCAACGUACGAAAAUGUGGCGGUCAUCCAAGUGAACGCAACCGAUCAGGACAGUUCGGAGAAUUCAUCCCUCCGGUACGACAUCAUCGAAGGCAAUCGAGAUGGUGUGUUUAUGAUUGAUGCUGCCAGCGGGGUCAUAACGACCCGCGACGUCGAAAGUAUUGGGUCGUUCUAUAAGCUUGGGGUUCGAGUUUCCGAUGGAAAGUUUUCCAAGGUAGCCUACGUAAACAUCAAUGUCGAGACGUCCGAAAACUCCGGGCUGAUAUUCCAAAAAUCGAUCUACGAAGGGUCCAUCUUAGAAAAUAGCACGAAAAUUUCCACAGUCACGGUUGUCAACGUGCUGGGGUCUAAUCUGAAUGAACACAUCGAGUUCAGUAUACUGAAUCCGACGGAUAUGUUCAAGAUCGGUUUAACUUCAGGUGCUAUACAGACCACGGGGAAAAAGUUUGACCGAGAAGUACGCGACAACUACGAACUGAUUGUCGAGGCACGCUCACAGCUACCGGACCGAGAGAAACCACGAGUUGCACAUGUGAUUGUGAAUGUCACGAUUCUGGACAUUAACGACAACUGUCCGAUGUUUGUCAAUUUGCCGUACUACGCAGUUGUAUCUGUGGAUGACCCCCGAGGUUCCGUAAUCACAAAAGUUCACGCUCUCGAUCUGGACAGCUACGAAAACGGGGAAGUGCGAUAUGAAAUGAAACGAGGACAUGGAGAGUUAUUCAAGGUGGAUCGAAAAACAGGCGAAGUGACACUGAAACAAACACUCGAGGGACACAACCGAGACUAUGAGUUACUGAUAUCCGCUUACGACGGAGGAAUUACACCCUGCUCGACGGAUGUGACUGUACACGUGAAGGUGAUUGACAAGUCGAUGCCCGUGUUCAGCAAGCAGUUCUACUCGGACACGGUGGCGGAAAAUAUCGAACUACACUCGCCACUGUCGGUUGCGAUUCAGGCGGAAAGUCCACUGGGCCGGAAACUGAUCUACAGUAUCGUGAAGGGAAACGAGAUGGAGGAGUUCGCCGUCGAUUUUAACACAGCGUCGGACAGUACGAACGGCCCAUGUGCAAUCUAUGUGGUGGACGAGCUGGACUACGAGCAGAAGCAAAGUUAUGAACUUUUAAUUAGAGCAACAGACAGCGUUUCCGGCGUGUCAGCGGAAGUGCCAGUAUCGGUGCUAGUUCAGGACGUCAACGAUUGCCCACCGGAGAUCGAGCAGGACAGCUACAACAUUACCGUCUCCGAGCGGGCCCAGUUCGGUACGGCGAUACUGAAAGUUCAGGCCAAGGAUAACGAUACCGGCAUCAACCAAAUCUUCACGUACGCCCUGCAAACGGACUCCAAGAACACCUCCGAGUACUUCCACAUGGACCCCGCGGACGGUGUCAUCUACCUGAAGAAAUCGUUGGACCACGAAACGCUCAGCAAUCAUCACUUCACGGUGAUUGCCAGCGACAAAGGUGUACCGAGCCUCAGCUCGACCGCCCACGUUUGGGUGUCGGUGAUGGACAUGAACGACAACCCGCCGAAAUUCGAACAACCGUCGUAUACCUGCGUGCUGUCGGAACAUGCCACCCGUGGUCAGUUCGUCACGGUGGUGUCGGCUUCCGAUCCGGAUUACAUCGACCAUGACCGGCUAACGUACAGCAUCGCGCAGGGCAACGAACUGCAAACCUACGACAUCAACCCGGUCAGCGGGAUCAUCACGCUGGUCAAUAUGCAAAACUUUGCCGAGAAGCAUGUCACGAUUUUGAACGUGUCGGUCACCGACGGAGUGUACACCAGCUUCACACGCGUCAAAAUAUCGAUUCUACCGGCCAAUUUGCACAACCCCGUCUUCGAACACGUAUUCUACGAUGUUAAAGUGAACGAGAAUCAACUGGCUGGACGGUUGGUAACUACGGUCAAAGCAGAGGACAAAGAUUUUGGCGAAUAUGGGCGAGUCACGUACAGCAUCAUCUCCGACGAGAUUCAGGAGUACUUCUCGAUCGACAAGGAGAAAGGUGAGAUCGUUACCAAGAAAAAGCUAGAUCGCGAGGAGAAAAAGCUGUACGAAAUACCGGUCAUGGCCGUGGACGCCGGCGGUCGAGCGGGAUUCACGACGGUUCGAGUCAAGAUUGGCGAUGAGAAUGACAAUGCACCGGAAUUUCUCUACCGGGAAUACAAGGCACUCAUCCAGGGCAAUCUAACCGUAAAUACUACAUUCUUCCGAGUGAAAGCAAUUGACAUCGACGACAACCAGAAUGCCGUGAUCAAGUAUUCAAUAUUUGACUCGCAGAACAGUGGUAUCAAAGAUUUGUUCGGUAUCGAUGAGAAUACCGGUGGAAUAUAUUUGAAGAAAAGUGCAAUCCAAUGGGAGAACCAACUUUUCCAAUUCUUCAUUCGUGCCAACGAUGGUGGAGCUCCGUCGCAGAACACUGACGUACCGAUCGACAUCUACAUCAUGAGCUCUGCCGAUAAUCCUCCAGUGUUCGAGAAGAAAGAAAAGCUCCUGUUUUUGUCCGAAAGUUCACUUCCGGGCACGGUUAUUACGCGUCUGAAACUAUCUGGAAAUGUUACGGCCAAAUAUCGCAUUCUUUCCGACGAACUAGAGGAACCUCAGUUUUCUAUCAACAAUGCAGGGGAGUUGCGGCUGGCCAAAACAUUGGACCGAGAAACGAAAGAUGUUCAUCUGAUAGCGAUUCUGGCGGAAACUGAUUCCAGUCCACCGUUGACCGCUGUCACCGAAGUAGUUCUUCACGUACAGGACGAGAACGAUAAUACGCCUAUGUUCGAAAGCAAUCCGUAUUCGUUUGUUCUGGCAGAAAACAUCGAGAAAGGAAGUUCGAUUAUGAAACUGACUGCUCGUGAUGCGGACAGUGGCUCUAAAGGUGGUAUCCAUUAUUCACUUUCCGGUGACGUCGGUGAUAUCGUGAACAUUUUUGACAUUGACGCGUACACCGGUUGGAUCACGACUCUCGUGGCGCUGGACAAGGAGAAACGUGAGGAUUACAAAUUCCAAGUAAUCGCAACAGAUAAUGGCCAACCGAAACAUUCCACACGUACAACUGUGAUCAUUCGUCUGAAGGAUUAUAAUGAUUGUCCCCCAACGUUUAAAGAAAGCCACUACAAAGCUAGCGUCAGUGAAGAUGCACUUCCGGGAACUGUUGUUCUGCAAAUCGCCACGACCGAUGCCGAUGUGGAUUUGAAAACUCCAAUUGAAUACUACAUAAUAUCGGGUGAUCCCCUGUCGCAGUUCCAAAUAAAAAACAGUGGAGAAGUUUUUGUCGUAAAAGCCUUAGACCGUGAAAGCAUUUCUCAGUACGAUCUGGGAGUCAUCGUCACCGAUGGAAAGUUCACUUCAACGACCAACAUAUCAAUUACGGUUCAGGACGCGAACGACAAUCCUCCGUACUGCUUGAAGUAUCGAUAUCGCGAGCAACUGAGCGAAGGUAUUCAUCCGGGCACUUUUGUGUUACAAAUUCAGGCCAACGACAUCGAUGAACCCGCCAACAGUCGACUACGGUUCUAUCUUACCGGCAACGGAGCUGAAGAUUUCAACCUUGACAAAGACUCCGGUCAGCUGAAAACUGCACGGCAACUAGACCGCGAAACGCAAUCCAAAUUCCAUCUGACGGCGCAUGUGCAAGAUCGCGAUCAUCCUGGUUGGGAAUGUUCUUCCCAAAUCGAAAUCGUAAUCACCGACUUGAACGAUAACCCACCGGAUUUCUCGAUGAAUCCGUACAGUGUCACCUUGCCAGAAGAUGCUGAAGUGGGGACUUUGGUUACAAAGAUCCAUGCAACGGAUGCUGAUAUCGGUAUUAACCGGAAAAUUAAGUACUCCUUUAUCGAUUCCGACCGCGACCACUUCCGAAUCGCACCGGACAGUGGAAUUGUAACGCUAGCGAAGCCGCUCGACCGUGAAGUGAAAGCCAUUUACAACCUGACAGUUCGUGCCACUGAUCAAGGAAAACCAUCGCUCUCAAACUCUGCCUUCCUGAUAGUAAACGUUCAGGAUAUCAACGACAAUCCACCAGAAUUCACUUCCAAACACUAUUUUGCUUCAGUUCCGGAAAUCAAUUCAAUCGGUUCGGAAAUUUUGAAGGUACUUGCGACUUCCAAAGAUACUGGAAUCAAUGCCGAAAUCUACUACUCAAUCAUUGGCGGUAACGAACAUCGCAAAUUCGCCAUGCACAAUAAAACUGGUAUCCUUUCGCUAGCCGACACACUGGACUACGAACGGGCGAAGGAUUACUUCCUGACGAUACAAGCUGUUGACGGGGGAACGCCUCCGUUGAGUAAUCUGGCAACAGUUAAUAUAUCCGUUACCGACAGCAAUGAUAAUCCGCCGCAGUUUACACAGAACUCGUACACGGCAAGGAUUCGCGAAGACGCACAAAAAGGUGACAAAAUACUGCAGGUCCGAGCGAACGAUAUGGAUUCCGAGGAAAAUGGACGAGUCAGCUAUAAAAUUGAACGAGGAGAUCGAAUGGGUCAGUUUGCUAUUGAAGAAGAUACCGGUUACAUCUCGGUGGCCGGAACAUUGGACCGAGAAUCGAUUUCCAACUACGUGCUGGACGUUCAAGCGAGAGAUAAUGGUUUCCCUACCUUAACCGCAUAUGUGCUGGUAAACAUCGAAAUUUCCGAUGCCAACGACAAUCCUCCAAUAUUCACGAUACAGAAUUACACCGCAGUGGUGCAAGAGGAUAAACAGAUUGGUUUCACACUGUUGAAGUUUGAAGUCACAGAUGCCGAUGCAGCACCAAAUGCCGCUCCUUACACAUUCGACUUCCGAUCCGGUAACGACGGGGGAGCGUUCCGAAUCGAACAAGAUGGAAUUCUUCGAACGGCGUCGCGCUUCAAUAGUAAGAUCAAAGAUUCCUACCAGCUUCAGAUCCGCGUGUUCGACAACGGUACUCCGCCGCUCUACUCCGACACCUGGGUAUCGGUUAAGGUGAUAGAAGAAUCCCAGUAUCCCCCGGUUAUUACCCCAUUAGACAUUUCCAUCAACUCAUUUCUGGACGAGUAUCCGGGGGGUGUGAUAGGAAAAGUGUUUGCCACCGAUCAGGAUCAAUACGACACGCUAACGUUUGGGCUUGCUCCAACCGCUGGAGUGCUGUAUUCACCGGCAAACCUCUUCAAUAUAUCACGCAGUGAUGGUGUCCUGCACGCAUUUCCUCGUCUGGAUGUGGGUGAUUACCGAGUGAAUGUCACCGUGUCAGAUGGUAAAUUUUCUUCGUACACAAUUGUGAAAGUGGCCGUCGAACUAGUGACGGACGAAAUGCUAGCUAAUUCCAUAGUUAUACGGUUUACGAAAGUGAGCCCGGAAUCAUUCAUUCUGAGUCAUCGCAAAGGAUUCAUUCGUUCCGUACGAAACUCAAUGGGAUGUAAGAUCAAAGACGUGGUGAUAAUCUCCGUACAGAAAUCAAAUGACGAGUUGAAUUUAAUUCAGCAUCGAUUGAAGCGUGAAUCUGGUCUGCAGAACAUCACAACCAAUCCGGGACUGAUUCGCGAGCGUCGUGGAACCAUCCACGAUUUGGAUGUGUUAUUCACAGUGCGCAAAGGACAGUCCGGUUACUAUUCGGCAUACGAAAUUCGUAAGGCAAUCGACGACAACCUGGAAGAGAUCGAAGAUGCCACCAAACUGCAAAUCGACGAAGUCGUAAAGUCAAAGUGUCUGCCGAACUACUGCAUUCACGGAGAAUGCGAAGACAAAUUGGUCCUGGAUCCUAAGAUCGUCAAUCCAAUCUCGACGGAUGUGACGAGUUUCGUUUCGGCCCGACACAUUCACCGUAUGGAGUGUGGCUGCAAGGAGGGUUACGGUGGUGACAAAUGUCAACACGCAGUAAACGAGUGUUCCAAGUCGCCUUGUCCGAGCUACAAAAACUGCGUGCCGGAUUCAUCGGACCAAGGGUACCACUGUAUCUGUCCGGAAGGUUUUGCCGGUCCGAAGUGUGACCGGGACAUCAGCAAAUGCAACGAUGAGACUUGCUACACCCCGAGAAAUCCGGUAUCGUUCAGUGGCAAAAGUUACGCGCAUUAUCGCAUCGAGAAAGAAAUUGCCAAGAAGAAUUUAGAAGAUCAGCUGAUGUUAAGUUUGCGCAUUCGAACGGUGCAACCGACCGGGAAUAUCAUGUAUUCGGCCGGGAAAGUUGACUACAACAUUUUGGAAAUAGUGAACGGAGUUAUUCAAUAUCGCUUUGAUUUGGGUUCGGGAGAAGGAAUGGUUAGUGUGACCAGUAUUUUUGUAUCGGAUGGACUGUGGCACGAAGUACGGCUGGAAAGAGAAGGUAACAGUGCCCGGGUGAUUGUGGACAGCAAACAUGUGGCAAGUGGAAAUGCACCGGGCGUUAAUGGAGUAUUGAAUCUACAAUCGGACGAUAUCUUUUUCGGAGCAGAAGUUAAACAGCACCCCACGGUGCUCGGAUUUGAGGACAUUCAACGUGGAUAUAUGGGAUGCAUGGACGACAUUAAACUUUCCAAGAUUCCGGUCCCAUUGCAUAUGAACGGAGCCAGUUCGGUAGCUAGUUUGCGACGAUUCGCCAAUGUCGAGUUCAGUUGCGAUGCAUCGUCGAUACUGGUUCCGCUGGGAGUGUGUGGCACUCAGCCCUGCUGGAAUGGUGGUACUUGCACUGAUAUUGGUGCCGGAAAUUUCGAAUGUCUUUGUCACUCGAGAUUCUCCGGACCGUUCUGCAAAGAAGACAUGGAUCCUUGUGCUUCAUCCCCUUGUUUGUACGGUGGGAAAUGUAACAAGGUGAGCUCCGGGAAUUACACGUGCGAUUGUCCUGCUAGGAUGUCUGGGAUUCGGUGUGACUAUGGACGGUUUUGUACUCCGAAUCCAUGCCGAAACGGAGGCGUUUGCGAGGAAGGUGAUGAUGGCCCUCUGUGUAUGUGCAGAGGUUACACCGGAACCACCUGUGAGAUCGACAUCGACGAAUGUGAGAAGCAACCUUGUGGAAAUGGUGCCACGUGCAUCAACGAAGCUGGCAGCUUCCGGUGCAUUUGUCCACCGGAAAUGACCGGUGCUAGUUGUGGUGAUCCCUUGUACACAUUCCCGCUAAGAAUUCCUGGAUUAAAUACGGUGACUCCCCAGCAAUGGAUCAUUGGACUGGGUAGUUUGGCAGUAGUCGUAAUACUGGUUAUCGUCAUUUAUGGAGUAAGGUGUGCAUGCAAGAAAAAAAGGCGACGGCAUCGGCACGAAAAGAUUAACAACGAUCCGAAGGCAAUGGUAUUGAACUCAGUUUCUGAUAAUCCUCAGUAUAAGCGUUCGUCCAAAAUGAGUAAUCUGGAGAUUAUUCAGCGUGACAUGCAGCAGAGACCAGUGUCGUAUACACCAAGCAGUAACAACGAUCACGCGUAUACAUGCAACACUAUGCUGCAGUACAACAAUCUGGAUACACUGAGGAGUUACGGUUCUGCUGGUGAUGAACUGGAAAACGUACCGCCAGAAUAUCGGAAAGCAUCCGUCAGACCCAACCAACAGCUGGUCAACAUCAACAGUGGCAAUUCGUCGGGAGACAGUGAUUCGUUACUGAAACAGAAGUGGGCUGAUCAGAUGCAGAUGCAAACGUUCACCGACAGUAAGAUUAACAACGAUCUGAAGCGAAUAAGUCCGAUAUCGUCGUUGGACUCCCACCGAUCGGCUUCAUUGAAACAGCAGCAGACGGGUAUUUUACCCGGUCGACUAAUGAACAUGGCUCACUCGCCAACGCACCUGCAGCAGUCACAGCAGCACGGUUUCGACGAUUCACCCGGUCUAUCACAUGGCGCCUAUCACUGGGACUGUUCAGACUGGGUCGGAAGGGGACAUCACCCGUUGCCGAACAUCACCGAGGUGCCCGGCAGCGAAGUGCCCGAUUCAUCGAGUUUUCAUAGUAACGAAAGUAACGAGUCCCACCCGAAGAAUAAUCUUCUACCUCCUAUUCUGGGACCAGUUGAUCCGGCGCGAGACAUCGAAACACUCAACGAGGACAACGAGUCGGAGUUUGUGGAUGAUUCCGAGUGCGACCAGAGCGAGCAACCGCUAUCGCUGGGCUUCGAGCAAAACACUUCCAUUCCAUGUCUGAAUCCCCUCGAUAGCGGUAGCGAGGAUUACAGAUUCAAUACAGUGCCUUUAAAAGUUAAUACACCUGAUAGUUAUCUACGACACCCGAAUAGCUACUUACCCAAGUACAACAUUCAGAGCGAAACGGAAGGUGAAAGUGCACCAUUGACCGGCAGUGCCAUCAUCGGCAAUCGCAAACCUCUCAAUGGUUUAGAGGUGGGUCCUCAUCAACUGGUCGAGUCUGACGACGAAGACAUCCAGGCGUACGGUUUCCCGCAAAAACGCCGGAACCGACGCGCACCCAGUGAUAUUGAUUUAGUUCUACACAGUGGAGGUGAGGGAAGUUCCCUGCUUAGCCACCCACGAAACUUGAAUAGCUCCAAUCAUUCGAAUAGCGAUCUCUCUACACACCUCUGCGAAAUCGAUGAUUCCGAGUUUGAACAAGAACCGCUGCAGCCGCAUCAUCAGCACCAUCAACAACAACAACAACAACAGCAGCAGCAGCAUCACUCAAACUCCUCGCUGUCAUCCGGUGGAGGCCAAACUCGAUCCCGACAGAAUAAGGUCAAGUGGGCCAACAUCGUACAGCAGACGGAGGUUUGACAGCAGCUCGACGGCAGCAACCGAUUAGUGCUAAACGCCAAGACUAACUCUAACAUUAGUUUAUUUUUGAUACUGUUUUCUAGGGUAACGUAUUUUAUUUAUUUUACUGUGAGCCUUUUGUAAUAGCUACUUGAUUGUGUAGGAAAAUUUUUACUCUAUUUUCCGCUAGCAAGCGUCUACUAGUUAGUAUAUAUAUUUUUGCCAUCGAUAGGUUUGCCCGUGUAACUUGAAAAUCAAAAAAAAAAUCGGUGGAGUGAUGCCGGAAAAAUCACUACGAGUAUCGACAGCACAUCGUAACGAAAUCCUCCUUCAGUGUUAUUUAUAUUAGUUUCGUUUUUGUCCAUAACUAUACAUCAAAGUAUAAUAAUUUCAAAGCGAAAUCGAACGAAUCGACCGUGUAGGAUAAGUAGAAUAAUAAAUUUACACAAGCGACUUGUAAAACCUAGACAGGUAGGACAGAAUCAAGAAGUGUAAAAACAAAAAAAUGCAACCACAUGAAAGACGAACAAUUUUGAGAUUACAAAUCACAACACACUCCCAUCAUCCUAUCAAAAUGCAAUUGCAUAUGGACGAAAAUAGCAAACACUGAAAGCUAAGUGUAAGAAUGGGUUAACCGAAGUGAGCGUAAACCACAGCGGAAAGAGCAAACUACUUCGCAGAACAUUGUAAAACAAUAAAGUUUAAAAGAGAAGAAAAAAAAAUUAGAUCUAGUGUAUUCUUUGGCAUUUGAAAAGUCUAUAGUGUGUAAGAUUUUUUAUGGCGCCAUGGCACUGUGCGAAUGAGAAUACAAUCAAUGACUGAUACAAAUGAAAAUAAAAGAGAAAAAAUCAUAGGACUAUUUUAUACUAAAUAAAGAAAAAAACAAGAUAUCAACACAUUAAGAGACAGAUUUCAGUUGUAUUUACCGAAGAAACGAGAAACUAAGUUUUCCACCACUUGCACGUUUACCGUAAAUCAUACCAGAAAACACGAGAGUGUAAAGCGUGUUUGAUCAUUGGCAAAACGAAACUACAUACACUUACCAGUAUUUUUUAAAUAUACAAAUGUUCUGUUCUCAUUCCGACUAACUGAUAAUUAGCACCGUUCUCGUUUCCUUCGUUAUGCUUUUAACAUUCGAAUUUACCGUUUGAUUUUGCUGUUGUUCUAAACUAUUAAACACACUGACAAAGCUCUGUUAAUUCUAUGGUGCUCUACUUAAACACUAAAGAAAACAACAUAAAAAAACGAACAUACAAACAACAAUACUACUUGGUCUUUUUUUAUUUUACACUUGUAAAGUAGCAUAAGUUAGUGCUAAGUAAAUUUCACCAUACCUACAUAUUUAUGUUGUAACUGCCAUUAAGUAUCCUUAGCAAUUUUAAACGGCUGCUAUCAAGAGACUCUGUUUCCGUACGAGGUGAAACGCAGUGGCUUUCCUCGGUUUUCCAGCAACUACAAUUUUUGGUACGAAGCGUAGUUUAUCAUUUAGUGGGAAAUGUAUGUUUACUCCAUAAAUCAGAGAGUAUAAUCCAGUAACAGAGAGAAAUAACUGCAUUUAGGGACACAAAAUAUCAAAAUCAAGAAAUGAAAACAAAAUAAAGAAAUCUAAUUUACGUUGUCAAACGAUAGCGUAAAGUGUGGUUAUACAGGAUAAAUAAUUGAUUUUUCACUCUCCUUGAACGUAUAUUUUCAAGAAUUUUAAGAUGAAGUUGUGCCGAUAGGCGAAUGCAGCCAUCGCUGGAACAGUGAAUAGUCGAUGAAAAUUGCAUUUACUGAUCAUUGUAGUAAUUAGAACCUUUUUGUGUAUUUGUUAAAAUACUUGGCAUAUUAUUUAAAAUUCGAUGGAAAAAAAAUGAAUAAAAAUAAACUUCUGCAAAAGUA